AUGCCCCAAAUUCUCAAUUCCACUUCUAGCUCAAAUCUAUCAUGUCCCGAGGGGACUUACAUUUACAAUUUUGCGCCAGCAAAUCCCGACUCCCUCGGUGCAAUAUGCUCAGACGACUCGCUCCGACUGUUCUCGCCCGAAACGCUGGCGCUGCAGAGAACUUUUGGUAAAAUACACGACGGUGUAAGGUGUUUGAAAGCUGUGGAUACGAAUAUACUGGCGACAGCUGGAUUGGACGGAGCUGUGAGGGUUUGGGAUGUGAGAUCACAAGCGGACAAGCCUGGUAUGGUUUAUAAGAAUGUCUCGAAUGCUUCAGUUCUAAGUUUGGCGGUCAAUGCGGGGGCAUAUGUGUUGGCUGGGGGAACUGAACUCGUGGAGGGCAGUCGCAUCGCGAGAGUUGUAAUAUGGGAUCUUAGAACUGCAGAUACAAAAGUGCAGUAUACAGAAUCACAUAACGACGAUGUAACAGAGUUACAAUUCCAUCCCACCAUGCCACACAUAUUAUUAAGUGGGUCAACAGACGCAUUGGUGAAUAUGUACAACCUGCUCACCCCGCCAUCUGCGACCAAAACUACACCUGACGAUGAUGUGGACGAAGCACUGUAUCAAGUCAUCAACCAUGGGUAUCCCAUUCACCACGCCGGGUUCCUGACCCCAUCAAAUGAUAUCUACGCGCUAUCGGAUGACCAGAAUUUGGGAAUGUAUAAAUUCGUUACGGAGAUUCCAGAUGAUGAGGAAAAGGUGUUAGAGGAAGCAGAAACUAGGAGUUUUGGUGACCUGAGGCCAGGUUUGGGGUGCGACUACAUAGUCGAUGUUGUGCAGCAUAAAACUGGUGGUGGACUGAUAGUUUCUGGAAGCAAUAGCAACCAGUGGUUGGACUUGAUACCACUUAGAAAAGCAGGCGAAAACAUUGGUGGAUGGCAUAUAGUGGGAGAGGAUGGAGUAAGACUUAAUGGAGGGCAUGGUGAAGAGGUUGUGCGGGUUAUAUAUUUGGAUGACAAGCUGGGAACAAUAUAUACCGGGGGUGAAGAUGGCCUCGUGAAGGUUUGGAAAGAACCAACCCGGGGAGACUCGGAUGUUGCCUCAAGCAAAAAGGAGAAAGCCGAGAAGAAAUGGCUGAAAGAAGAGCGGAAAGAGAAGAAGGAAGCCAAAGCGCGAUACAAGCCUUAUUAG